AUGGUUGAAUCUGGUCUUAAAGAGCGGAAGUCAGCAGCUACCAAUGGUAACACUAAGGUAACCAAUGGUAAGCCAAAAAACACGGAUCACAGGGUCGAUAACAGCGGUGAAUUCGAGUUCGGGGGCUCACUUGGAACUGGAUUUGUGAUGGUCUUUUUCCCUAUACUCAUGUGGUAUCUGUGGGUUGGCCAAGUAUACUAUGAUGCUCAAUUGCCGCUGCCCAAGAGCGGCCAGCCAAUUUCAGAGUUUUUGGAAAGUCUCUACAGCAUGGCUCGCGAGAGCGCAAUGCCCACUCUCAAAACUUGGACAAUCUACUGGGGCUUCCUUGCGUACCAAAGUGUUCUCUAUAUCACUCUUCCCGGUGUAUGGACCAAGGGGAAUCCAAUCGCUCAUCGUAACAAUCUCCGCUUGGAUUACUACUGCAACGCUGUAUGGUCGUUCUACACAACUCUGGCCACGAUGGCUAUACUGCACGUGACCGGCAUUUUCCCGAUCACCACUCUAAUUGAUGAAUUCGGAUCUCUUAUGAGCGUUGCGAUCUUUUCAGGGAUUGGCGUUAGCUUUAUCGCCUACUUCAGCGCUGUUGCUAGGGGAGCUCAGUACAAAUUGACUGGUAGCUUUGUUUACGACUUCUUCAUGGGCGCUGAGCUGAAUCCCCGUAUCUUUGGCAUAAUGGAUUUGAAGAUGUUCUUCGAAGUCCGUUUGCCUUGGUUUAUUCUAUUCCUCACUACCUCCGCUGCGGCCGUUAAGCAGUAUGAGACUUACGGGUACCUUACGCCUCAGCUUGGCUUCUUUGUUUUGGCGCAUUGGUUGUAUGCCAACGCAUGCUGCAAGGGCGAAGAGCUUAUUGUCACAACCUUCGAUAUGUCUCAUGAGAAGUGGGGUUAUAUGCUUAUCUUCUGGAACAUGGCCGGUGUACCGAUGACAUACUGCCAUGGUGUUAUCUAUCUUAGCCGCCAUGCCCCAGAGGUGUACCAAUGGUCGUUGGGUGUCAAUAUCUUCGUUUUCACUCUGCUUCUGACCGCAUACUACAUAUUUGAUACCUGCAACAGUCAGAAGAAUCGAUUCAGACAGAUGGAGAAGGGCACUCUUGUUGUCCGCAAAUCUUUUCCCCAAUUGCCAUGGCAGACUCUCAAAAACCCGACUUACAUCAAGUGUAAGAACGGCGGAACUCUUCUUACUAGUGGAUGGUACGGAUUGGCCCGUAAAGUUCAUUACACUGCCGACUUUUGCCAAAUGUCAUCGUGGGGCCUUAUCUGCGGUUUCAACAGCCCUAUCCCAUGGUUCCUGCCAUGCUUCUUCAUUACUAUGAUUCUCCACCGUGCCUGGAGGGACACUGAAAGGUGCGCUAAGAAGUAUGGUGAAGACUGGGAGGAGUACAAGCGACAGGUUCCAUACUUGUUUAUUCCUUACGUCUUUUAA